AUGUCUGGAAUGGAAUUCGUAGGUCUUGUUUUGGCAAUUCUACCUCUGGUAGCCAACCAGCUGGACAACUACUCUCGUGGAAUCGAGACAGUCAAAGGACUCCGUCAAUACCGAUGGGAACUGGAGAAUUAUUCUAGCAACUUGAGCGCGCAGUACGCGAUCUUCUUGAACACACUGCAGAUAUUCCUUCAAGACGUUGUUGACGAUCAUGACCAGCGGUCAGAACUCAUCAAGAAUCCCACGGGCAAUGCGUGGAAAGAUACUCAAUUGCAAGCGGCCUUGACAGAUAAACUGGGUCGUGAUUAUCACGCGUUCUUUGGGACGAUGGCAGGUCUAUGCUCUCUUCUGGAGGAACUCUCAAAUAAACUCAAUAGGCGUACACCUGAUUAUUCGAAGGCUGUGUCGCUCAAGUCAUUAGGAACCCUCAAAUUCAGGAAGAUCCUCUCAAAGGCGGUAUACGAAGAUAUCCUUGAUAAAAUCGACAGAUCGAACCAGAUAUUGCGGACCCUUACCGAGCAGUCACGUCAGAUUGACAAGACUAAGAAGGUCUUACCUAGACGGAAGGAUGGCCUGAAACGGCAUCGUGACGGGCGCCGUCAUGCUCGAGCAUUGUACAACAUUCUGGUGCAGGGUCAAGGCUGGAAGUGUUCCUGCAAAGACAAUCAUACGGUUUGCUUCCGGAUUGAUACGAAUACUAUUCACAAUUCCAAGACUGCCGAUGAAAUCAGGAAAACUCGUUUUCUAUUGAUGAUAUCGGCAGCCAGAAAAAUCCGUCAGACGUAUUCGGGCGAAGAAUGGCAUGAGGUCGAGCUACAGCCAGAGUUGAUCGAGAAUACGAUUUCUGUUAAUAUUCCGGAAACUUCAAUGUCAAUCUCCAAAGGCAAACGCAAAGUCCAAUUUGCUCCCAUUUGCACCACCAUUUGCGUGGAGGCAGUGCACAAGGCACCUGUUCAUCAAAUUGACGAUUUGUGCUAUACUCUGGGUAGUUUUAGUCCUGAUGUGCACGAAGACACCAUUGGCUACAUCUUCAACCACCCCGAUGAUGAACAGUACCACAUGCGACUCCUUCGCAAGGUCGACCAGGACGUCAACUUAUGCUCUCUGCAGGACGUCCUUUCUGGCUCAAACUCCUUGGCCACACCUGUCCACGGCUCAGAUGAGCUAAGCCGACGUGAUAGAUUGUACCUAGCUGUUAUCCUAGCAUGCGGUGUCUUGCAGCUCUACGGAAGCUGGCUAAAGCGACAAUGGGGGACAAAAGACGUUCUGUUCGCUCAAGACUCGCAUCAAGGGUUCACCAACUUCGAACACCCAUAUCUAGUUUGGCGAAUUUCAGAUUCGAGUAAUUACGGCAGCGCUAUCACAUCGACAACUACCAGAAUUUAUAAUGAGAUCCUACUUCCCCUAGCUAUUGCCCUGAUCGAACUGUCUCUGGGCAAGACAAUAUCGGCGCUAUAUCGAUUUGAAGACCACGGCCCUACCGAGCGAGAAAUGCACUUCAACACUGCUACCCGGGUCCUAAGACUUGUGUACUGCGAAAGUGGAACGAACUAUGGCGAUGUCGUUAAACAGUGCUUAUAUUGGCCUCGAGAUAAGGGAGAACGUUUCGAGGAUCCGCAGUUCGAUGAGUCCAUUUUUGACACGGUUGUCUCUCCGCUACUUAAAGAUUUUGAUUAUUUUGAGGGGGUGUCUCAGAUGCAUUAG